UGUACACUUGCAUUGCGUUAUUAAGCCAUAAUUAGUAUUACAAAUUAUUGCUAUUAAAAUGCCAACUCUAAGUAUAAUUACCAAUUUACCAAAACAUAAAGUUCCGUCAAGUUUCUUAGCUGACGCAUCUCACAUGUUAAGCCAAAAACUUAACGUUCACGAAGGACAUGUAAUAGUAAAAAUAAAAGCGGCACAACCAAUGCAUUGGUUUAUGGAUGAAUCAUUAUGUGGCAUUGGAAGUUUAUCCGGAACAGGUAUUUAUGGAUUGGAAGAAAAUAAGAAGAAUUCUGCAUUUAUAUUCGACUUUAUAGAAAAAGAACUUGGUAUACCACAAAACAGAUUAUAUAUUUCUUUCGUGGAUCAAAAACCUUCAAAUGUUGGUGUCCAAAGAACUACCUUAGAAGAAAUACUACAAUAAUUAAAUGAAUACAAAUUAUAUUUAAAAUUUGUUAAUAAUAUAAUAUAUUAUUUGGAAUUAUAA